UCAGCGCACGAGCUCACGAUCUUCGGGUCUGCUACGCCUGCUGCUUUCGGUAGGACGUAGCAAUAUAGCGGAUCUCGAGAUAGACAAUAACCGUCGUGACACAUUCGAAUUAUCAAAAUCUGGGGUACCUGUCCCACGGUUCUGGAUUGCAGUCGGAGUGAUGGCCGGGCGAUUACCCCUACCCCUUUAUCCACAAAUUUGACACCAAUCUGUCCGCCUGGAGCACACGCUGAUUUCUCCGUAAGCGCGGAAUUAGAAAAAAAAAAACGUCAAUAACGACAGAACAGCACGCAUAUGGUGAAGAACCGAGGGCUUCCGUGUUGAAAGUAUCAUCUUUCGUAACCCUGUGUGAAUAAUGGUCUCCCCGCGUCUGGCGCAGCGCUGGACGGCGCAGGGGUAGAGGAGAGGAACGGACAGGAGCGCAGGAAAGAUGCGUGUUUUCUGCGUGCGCGCCUUCGCCUGCCUGCUGGGACCGAACGGCGGCGCGGGAAUCUAAUUAUCACCUCAGCGCCUCCACCUGAAAUAGACUGUUACGAUUCCCGUUUUCCCCCACAUCUAUAUGCGAAGACUGGCACAGAAUAUAGAAGCGCCCUACGGAGGACGCCCGCCUCAUGCCAAUCUGAAACGGCACGGGGUACCAGACACACGAAUGCGUGUUUGUGCUUGUUUAAUUAAUGCAUUUUCUCCGAUUUACUGAAUAUUUAAAAAAUAGCAGAACAGCAUCCUACUCAUUAAGAGAACCGGAUAUAAUAGGUCUCGUGUGUCGUUCUAACAUUUAAUACUGAAUAACUGUCAAUCCAAAAAAAUAUAAAUGCCUUUUGUCGUCUUUUGAAGACAGAUGUGAUUGUGUGCCCUACUUCGUUUGAAAUUAAUAAUCUAGCUCAUUGUGUUACUUAAUUUAUACGUUUAUCUAUUUAUUUAGAGGUUCUGCAAAAUAUUCACCUGCUUGCCUAAAUCAAUUUUAUUUCACAUAUUCUAUGGUUGCUUUGAGCAAAGAUUGCUGUCUUUCGAAGAUAUAAAGAAAUCAAAAGGGGAAAGGAUUUUGUGGAGGAAAAAAAUACAGCUCGACGUCCUGACGGAGACAGAACGACUUCUGCUUCUCAGCGAGAGGACAUGGAUCGAAAAAUCGACCUCUGAUAUUUUUUGUUGUGGAUGCCAGAACGAGAGAGAGAUUGGGGGACAGAGAUUAUAGGUGAAAAUAGCAACCUUUGCUGCUAAUCAUACUAUAUUAUUUUCCUGUAUCCACCGUCCGGCUUGCCUUAUUUACACCCAGAGGUUACAUUUUCUCAGCCGUGUUCUCUGUCGUCUGACGCUCACUGCUCCACCUGACGCAAAUGUGAAAUGUUAUUUAGCGUUUUGCUCAAUCGAACCCUUCGUUGACGUCGAAUUGAAACGGCUGGUGGAUUGAUUAUGACUAUGUCGUAGGACACGUUUUUUUUUCUCUUUUUUUUGCUUAUCCAAAAAGAAACCCAUAAUCGCAGCGUCCUAGAGGAGAAGACGGGGGAAGCGGUUAAUCACUGCCAUACAUUUCCGGUGUAUUUGUGUACAAAUUAGCCUGAUAUGUGGGAUAUUUUGCCAUCGGCUGCCUCCUUUUCGGUGGGGAGGAUUUUUCUCGUCUCGCGCACACGGGCUCGCGGGUCUGCCUGGAAGAUAGCAGCUUAUUAAUUUUUAAUCUUUAUGCAUCCGCAAAGAAGAAGGAGCAAAAGAGGAGAAAACCGCGGAUAACCAGAGGGGGAAAGAGAGCGAGGGAGCGUGGCGGGGGAAGAGGAGAAUGAAUGAGGCGCACUAAGAGACGGAGACAGGAGAUUGGAGGAGAAAAGGCAGUCCUGCCCAGAGUGGGCAUAAGUGGAGGAGCCACGCCCUGCCACACUCAGCGACCGCGCCCAUCCGGCCACGCCACGCCCAGCACCCUGCAGCCAAGCAUGGCGCUGUCAUUGUGGAUCCUGUGGACCUGUGCUGUCACACUCAGCAACAUCGCCCCCUCUGCCCAAGCUCUGAGCCGCUCAGCCAUGCCCUUCGGCCUCAUGCGGAGGGAGCUGGCGUGCGAGGGCUACCCCAUCGAGCUGCGCUGUCCCGGGAGCGACGUCAUCAUGAUCGAGACCGCCAACUACGGCCGCACCGACGACAAGAUCUGCGACGCUGACCCCUUCCAGAUGGAGAACGUGCAGUGCUACCUGCCCGACGCCUUCAAGAUCAUGUCUCAGAGGUGUAACAAUCGCACGCAGUGUGUGGUGGUGGCGGGGUCUGAUGUCUUCCCUGACCCCUGCCCUGGGACCUACAAGUACCUGGAGAUCCAGUACGAGUGUGUCCCCUACAAAGUGGACCAAAAAGUCUUUGUGUGUCCUGGGACUCUCCUGCGGGUGCAGGCAGCCAGCUCGGUGCAGGAGGCGGAGCAUCAGUCUGGGGCGUGGUGUAAGGACCCCCUGCAGUCGGGGGACCGGCUGUACGUCAUGCCCUGGACACCCUACCGCACCGACGUGCUAUACGAGUACGCCUCCUGGGACGACUUCCGGCAGAACCGAGCCACCACCACGUACAAGCUGCCAAACCGCGUGGACGGGACGGGCUUUGUGGUGUACGACGGCGCCGUGUUCUACAACAAGGAGAGGACCCGAAACAUCGUCAAGUACGACCUACGCACCCGCAUCAAGAGCGGCGAGGCCAUCAUUGCCAAUGCCAACUACCACGACACCUCGCCCUACCGCUGGGGCGGCAAAUCUGACAUCGACCUGGCCGUGGAUGAGAACGGGCUGUGGGUCAUCUACGCCACCGAGUCCAACAACGGCAGGCUGGUGGUCAGCCAGGUGAACCCGUACACCCUGCGCUUCGAGGGCACCUGGGAGACCAGCUUCGACAAGCGCCUGGCGUCCAACGCCUUCAUGGCGUGCGGGGUGCUGUACGCCGUGCGCUCCGUGUACCAGGACGAUGACAGCGAGGCGGGCGGAGACCUGGUGCUGUACGCCUACAACACCAACCGCGGCCGCGAGGAGCCCGUGCACAUCCCCUUCCCCAACCCCUACCAGUACGUCUCCUCCAUCGACUACAACCCCCGCGACAACCAGCUGUACGUCUGGAACAACUACAACGUGCUGCGCUACCCGCUGGAGUUCGGGCCCCCUGACCCCUCAGCUGAUCCUCUCACCACCACCCAGACGUCGAGCACCACCCCGGCGAAGCCCUUCACCCCCACGCUCCCGCGGAGCUCCAGCCCCUCCACGCCCCGGCCGCUGCCCCCCACCUCCCACCCCAUCGGGGCCAUCAACAAAGGGCCGGACCUGCGGCCCAUCACUGCCACCGUGCCUGUCACCCGCCGGCCGCCCCGCCCCCCGCAGGGCGCCGAGGUGCACAUGUGCGAGGCCCGGGAGGCGCGAGGAGUGCAGUGGCCCUCCACCCAGCGGGGUGAGACCGUGGACCGGCCCUGUCCCAAAGGCUCGCUGGGGAUCGCCUCGUUCCAGUGCAUGCUGGCGCCAGUGAAGUGGAACCCUCACGGCCCAGACCUCAGUAACUGCACUUCCCCCUGGGUCAGCCAGGUGGCGCAGAAGAUAAAGAGCGGGGAGAACGCGGCGAACAUCGCCAGCGAGUUGGUGAACCACACGCGGGGGCGGAUCCACGCCGGUGACGUCAGCUCCUCCGUCCGCCUCAUGGAGCAGCUGCUGGACAUCCUGGAUGCGCAGCUGCAGGCCCUGCGUCCCGGCAACAAGGAGUCCGCCGCCCGCAACUACAACAAGCUACAGAAGAGAGAGCGCACCUGUCGUGCUUACAUCCAGGCUGUGGUGCAGACUGUGGAUAACCUCCUCAGGCCGGAGGCGCUGAGCUCCUGGAGGGACAUGAACAGCACAGAGCAGGCCCACACCGCCACCAUGCUGCUGGAUGUGAUGGAGAAGGGCGCCUUCCUGCUGGCCAACAACCUGUAUGACAACCACUUCACCGACCGAGCCGCCAACAUUGAUCUGGAGGUGUACGUGUUGAACACGGAGAUGGAUCUGCAGGACCUGUCCUUCCCACAGUCCUACAGCAGCGACAGCACUAUCCAGCUCUCUGCCUCCACGGUCAAACAGUACAGCCGCAACGGUCAGGUGAAGGUGGUAUUUGUGCUCUACAAGAAUCUGGGCUCCUUCCUGUCCACGGAGAACGCCACAGUGAAGAUGGAGGUGGGGCCUGGCUCAGGGGGGCGGGGCCUGGCCGUCAAUUCCCACGUCAUCGCCGCCUCCAUCAACAAGGAAUCGAGCCGCGUGUUUCUGACCGAGCCUGUGGUCUUCACCCUCAGACACCUGGAGCUGGAGAAUCACUUCAGCCCAAACUGCUCGUUCUGGAACUACUCGGAGCGCUCCAUGACGGGUCAGUGGUCUUCCCAGGGCUGCCGUCUGCUGGAAACCAACGACACCCACACCACCUGCUCCUGCAGCCACCUCACCAACUUCGCUGUGCUGAUGGCCCACCACGAACCGGCGUACCCGGGACGGAUGCACGAGCUGAUCCUGUUUGUGAUCACCUGGGUGGGCAUCGUCAUCUCCCUGGUGUGUCUGGCCAUCUGCAUCUCCACCUUCUGCUUCCUGCGGGGCCUGCAGACCGACCGCAACACCAUCCACAAGAACCUGUGCAUCAACCUCUUCAUCGCCGAGCUCCUCUUCCUCAUCGGCAUCGACAAGACGCAGUACCACAUCGCCUGUCCAAUUUUUGCGGGUCUCCUGCAUUUCUUCUUCCUGGCUGCCUUCUCCUGGAUGUGUCUGGAGGGGGUGCAGCUGUACCUGAUGCUGGUGGAGGUGUUUGAGAGCGAGUACUCCCGUAAGAAGUACUACUACCUGUGCGGAUACUGCUUCCCGGCGCUGGUGGUGGGAAUCUCCGCCGCCAUUGACUACCGUAGCUACGGAACCAAGAAAGCGUGCUGGCUGCGGGUGGAUAAUUACUUUAUCUGGAGCUUCCUGGGACCCGUGUCCUUCGUCAUCAUGCUGAACCUUGUGUUCCUGGUGAUCACGCUGCACAAAAUGAUACGCAACUCUUCUGCCCUCAAACCCGACUCCAGUCGCCUUGACAACAUCAAGUCCUGGGCUCUGGGGGCGAUUGCUCUGCUCUUCCUCCUUGGUCUGACCUGGGCGUUCGGCCUCCUCUUCAUCAACGAGAACACGGUCAUCAUGGCAUACCUCUUCACCACCUUCAACGCCUUCCAGGGCAUGUUCAUCUUCAUCUUCCACUGUGCCCUGCAGAAGAAGGUGCAUAAGGAGUACAGCAAGUGUCUGCGUCACUCCUACUGCUGCAGCCGCACCUCCACCACCAGCUCCCACGGCUCACUGAAGAGCUCCGCCCUGCGGGCCAACAACCGCUACUACACCGGCAGCCAGGCACGCCACGCCUCCGCCCACAGACAGAGUCGCAUUCGCAGGAUGUGGAACGACACAGUGCGCAAGCAGACGGAGUCGUCCUUCAUGGCCGGGGACAUGAACAGCACCCCCACGCUCAACCGCGCCACGAUGGGGAAUCACCUCUUGACAAACCCAGUGCUGCAGACUCGUUCGGGGACCUCCCCCUAUAACACCCUGCUGGCUGAGGGCUUCAACCCCCCCUCCCCCGGCGUCUUCAACUCCACCGGGACCUUCAGAGACCCAAAGGGCACCCUCUCGAAGUCCCGGGACACCUGUGGGAUGGAGAGCUUGCCCCUGAAUGGAAACUUCAACAACAGCUACUCACUGCGCAGCGUCGGGGCCAGCGCUGACUUCCUGGGGGGCGGAGUUGGGGGAGGAGCCAGGGGCGCAGACAGCCCCCCUCCUCUGCUGAACCCUCGGGGGGCGGAGACCCUGGGCGGCGUGCGGCGGAACCUGUCGGACGCGGCGGCCUUUGAGAAGAUGAUCAUCUCGGAGCUGGUGCACAACAACCUGCGCGGGGGCGGGGCUGGGGGCGGGGCCGGGGGCGGGGUCGACCGCUGCGGCAGCCUGGCCAAGCCCCACGGGACGGACGCCGGCGGUGACGAUGAGGACUUCCUGUCGGGGGAGACGCGGCCGGCGCCAGACGUGCAGCUGCUGUACAAGGCCCUGGAGGAACCCCUGCUCCUACAGCGCGCCCAGUCCGUGCUGUACCAGAGCGACCCCGACGAGUCCGAGAGCUACACCCCCGACCUCACCGAGAGCCUGGAGGCGGGCGCGGGAGAGAGGCCGGGCGAGCGGGACUCCCUGUACACCAGCGUGACCAACCUGCGGGACUCGCCCUACCCCGACAGCAGCCCCGAGCCGCUGGAGGUGGUGCCCCGCUCCGCCCAGCCCCCGCAGGAGCUGUACUACAGCUCAGGCCGUCCUGCUCUGGGCUCCCGCGGCGGGCCCAUGCAGACCUUCCACCAGGCCCCCGCCAGGAGGCCCAGCGGGGAGGGCUACCUGGGGCAGGGGGGCGCCGAGCCCGCCCACGGCGAGGGGGACGGACAGAUGCAGCUGGUCACCAGCCUGUGACUAGGACGGUGGUGACCGUGGCGACCAGGCCGAGGGUGAGGAUGAGGAUGGUGAGGAAGAUGAAGACACGCUGGCGGUCAGUGCGUCCUGGAGGGUUUCCUCUCUGUCCAUCGAGGGAGGAAUCCUAUUCACACACACACACACACAC